GCCCGCCGCAGCGCCUCCGCAAUGGCCGAGCCGGGCCGUCGGACGCCGCCCGGAGCCCGCCGCCCGCGGGGAGCCUCGGUGACGGAGAAAAUGUAGCAGGUCCACGGCGAGGCGCUACCUGCCCAGCGUGGUGCGGACAGACCAGCCUAGACGAGCGGCCCUCCCCGGGCCCCCCGUGGGCCACCCUCACCAUGUCCAAGAAGGGCACGGGCGGCCGAGGCAAGGCGGACAAGGCGGAGGCCUUCGCUGCGCUGCAGGCUGCCAACGAGGAGCUUCGGGCCAAGCUCACCGACAUCCAGAUUGAGCUGCAGCAGGAGAAGAGCAAGGUGAGCAGGGUGGAGAGGGAGAAGAACCAGGAGCUGAGGCAGGUGCGGGAGCACGAGCAGCACAAGAGCGCCGUCCUGCUCACCGAGCUGAAGACGAAGCUGCACGAGGAAAAGACGAAGGAGCUCCAGGCCGUGCGGGAGGUGCUGCUGCGGCAGCACGAGGCCGAGCUGCUCAGGGUCAUCAAGAUCAAGGACAACGAGAACCAGCGGCUGCAGGCGCUGCUGCACGCGCUCCGCGACGGCGCCCCCGACAAGGUCAAGACCGUGCUGCUGUCUGAGGCCAAGGAGGAGGCCAAGAAGGGGUUCGAGGUGGAGAAGAUCAAAAUGCAGCAGGAGAUCUCUGAGCUCAAGGGGGCCAAGAGGCAGGUGGAGGAGGCGCUGACCAUCGUGAUCCAGGCCGACAAGAUCAAGGCCGCGGAAAUCAGGAGCGUGUAUCACCUCCACCAGGAGGAGAUCUCCCGCAUCAAGAAGGAGUGUGAGCGGGAGAUCCGCAGGCUGAUGGAGGAGAUAAAAUUUAAAGACAGAGCAGUCUUCGUGCUGGAGAGAGAGUUAGGGGUUCAAGCCGGGCAUGCUCAGAGACUGCAGCUCCAAAAAGAGGCUUUAGAUGAGCAGCUGUCCCAGGUCAAAGAGGCUGAUCGGCACCUGGGCAGCCCCAGGCGGGAACUUCCUUACGCAGGCGGUGCAGGAGACGCCUCAGACCACUCGGGAAGCCCUGAACAGCAGUUGGAUGAAAAGGACGCUCGGCGCUUCCAACUUAAAAUUGCAGAGCUGAGCGCGAUCAUUCGGAAGCUGGAGGACCGAAAUGCCUUGCUGUCGGAAGAAAGGAAUGAGCUGUUAAAGCGCUUAAGAGAAGCUGAGAGUCAAUACAAACCGUUGUUGGAUAAAAACAAGCGUCUCACUCGGAAGAAUGAAGAUCUGUCCCACACUUUGCGUCGGAUGGAAAACAAGUUAAAAUUUGUCACACAGGAGAACAUAGAAAUGAGACAAAGAGCCGGGAUCAUAAGGAGACCCAGCUCCUUAAACGACCUGGAUCAAAGUCAGGACGAAAGAGAAGUUGACUUCUUGAAACUUCAAAUUGUGGAGCAGCAGAACCUCAUAGACGAGCUUUCUAAGACCCUCGAAACUGCCGGCUACGUGAAGAGUGUGCUGGAGCGAGAUAAGCUUUUAAGAUUUCGAAAGCAAAGAAAGAAAAUGGCGAAACUCCCCAAGCCAGUUGUGGUGGAGACGUUCUUUGGAUACGAUGAAGAGGCUUCCCUGGAAUCUGAUGGCUCCUCUGUCUCUUACCAAACGGACAGGACGGACCAGACCCCGUGCACCCCCGACGAUGACCUGGAUGAGGGCGUGGCCAAGGAGGAGACGGAGCUGAGGUUCCGGCAGCUGACCAUGGAGUACCAGGCCCUGCAGCGAGCCUACGCCUUGCUGCAGGAGCAGGUCGGAGGGACGCUGGACGCAGAGCGAGAAGUUAAGACCCGUGAGCAGCUCCAAGCAGAGGUGCAGAGGGCCCAGACGCGGAUAGAGGAUCUCGAGCAGACCCUGGCUGAGCAGGGACAGGACAUGAAGUGGAUUGAAGAGAAGCAAGCUUUGUAUCGAAGGAACCAAGAGCUCGUGGAGAAGAUCAAGCAAAUGGAGACGGAAGAGGGUCGGUUAAGACACGAGGUCCAGGAUGCCAGAGACCAGAACGAGCUGCUAGAGUUCCGGAUCCUGGAGCUGGAGGAAAGGGAGAGGAAGUCGCCCGCCAUCAACCUCCACCACACCCCGUUCGCGGAAGGGAAGAGCCCCCUCCAGGCCUACUGCGAAGCGGAAGGCGUGACGGACAUCCUGGUCGCGGAGCUGAUGAAGCAGCUGGACAUCCUGGGGGAUAACGCCGUAAGUAAUCUGACCAACGAGGAGCAAGUGGUCGUCAUACAAGCUAGGACGGUCCUGACCUUGGCCGAAAAGUGGCUCCAGCAGAUCGAAGAGACGGAGUCAGCCCUGCACCGAAAAAUGGUUGACCUGGAGAGCGAGAAGGAGCUGUUCAGUAAGCAGAAGGGUUACCUUGAUGAGGAGCUGGAUUACAGGAAGCAGUCCUUGGACCAGGCUCACAGGCACAUCCUGGAGCUGGAAGCCAUGCUAUACGACGCCUUGCAGCAGGAGGCCGGGGCCAAAGUGGCCGAGAUUCUGUCGCAGGAGGAGCGCGAGAAGCUCAAGGUGGCCGUGGAGCAGUGGAAGCGUCAGGUCAUGAGCGAGCUGCGCGAGCGUGAUGCCCAGAUCCUGCGGGAGCGCAUGGAGUUGCUGCAGCUGGCACAGCAGAGGAUUAAAGAGUUAGAAGAGAGAAUAGAAGGUCAGAAGAGGCAGAUCAAGGAACUGGAGGAAAAGCCCCCGGAGGAGCCAGACCCCUUUCCUCCAGCUGGACCAGAGAGCAGCCAGUGCCCGGGCCGCCAGACAAGACGCCCUGUCUCGUCCCCGAAGACCCGCGAGGAUCUGGUCUCUGCGACCCCGGCCCGUCGAGGAAGAGGGAGAAAGGGGCGCUCUGAGCACCUCUGAGUGGGCACCUGUCCACUCUGUGAGCCAGAAUUAGAACUCGUUCUUUGACUGGGGCUCCUCUGGAAGAGGCCUGGUCUUGGCUGCUGGACCCUGGGGUCUCUCCUCGGGGCGCAGCCUCCCUAUCCCGGUGACAGGGAUGCACGAGUUCCCUGCUGAGCAGGUGCAGAGAGCUGCUUCUGUGCAGAAGCGUCCGGCGCCCCGCGCUCCCACCUCACGGCCCCUUAAUCGUGCGACACGCGUCUCAGAUGAACGGACACAGGCACCCCACCACGUGACACAAUGAAGCCCGCGGCCAAGAGGCGACCUUCACUCGGGGAGGCCCCAGACGGUCAAGGGGGAUGUUCCGAGGACGGUUUCCCCGUGCCAUCUCAGGUGGCCUAGGAGGACUCGCUUGCCGGGGUCCUGAGCACCUACUGGCUGACGCACCCCUGCCUGUCACCCGUGGGAACAGCCGUGGCUGCCGCAUGCACCGUGCCAUGAACCCCCGGCCUCCUAGGCCUCCCUGAGCCUCGCAGAGGAGCGCAGUGGGACCGACCAGAGGGAGACUGAGGAGCGUGGUAGUGGGAGGUGGGACACGAGAGGGCCCAGACCCACUGGAAAGGGGCCUGGAUUUCCUGGAACGCAGAACCCCAGACACUGCGGCCCUGGGCGCCCGGCGCCACCCCAGCCCGGAGGCCCCGGGCCGAGCGGGGCCGAAGCUGCGGUGCAGACCUCCGGCCUUCUCCCUCAAGGGCAGCGCCCACCGAGGGCAGCCAUGCACCCGUGGUCCCGCAGAUACGAGGAGGGAACCCGAAGCGCAGGUGGUGAGCAGGGAGGAAACAGCACGUCGAUGAAGCUCCUUUGAAGCUUCCGUUCCUGCCUAGCGCUCUGGCCGCAGCCCAGGAACGUCUUCCAGCACUCGGAGCCAGCCCGACUCAUGGGUGGAAGAGGCUCUUCCAUCGACCCCACACCCUUGCUGGCCUGAGGUUGUCACUCCCAGUGCUGAAUUCGCAAGGUGUGUGUGUGUGUGCGCGCGCGUGCGUGUGCGUGAGCCUCUGUGUGUGCGCACGUGCUUGCUCAACAAGGAGACAAGAUUUGGGCUCUUUUGAGGCACCGGGAAGUUUACGUGCUGCGUGGUGACACCUGCAGCCGGGUGAGAGUGCGGCAAACACCGCGUAAAAGAAAAGCAGACGGUGUUUCCGAGGAGCGGAAGGGAGGGGUGACUGUGUUGUCUGCAGGUGUCGGGUUCAUCUCAUAUUUGCGUCGGAAGACGUGUCCAAGUCUGGCGCAGAUGACUGGCACCAGGCAGGGCUUGAUUCCCUGGGAGAAAUCGGGAGGAGGCUUACGGGAUCAGACAGAGACGCUCUUCUCUAGUGGGUGCAGGGUUUCUGCUGGGCAGCGUACUAUUAGUCAGACUUGUCCCGGGACACCCGUCCUUUCUGUUGUCAUUAACUCACGGUUACUUAUUCACUUGGACGAGAUACAGGGUGAAUCCGCUGCUUCUCUGGCUGAGCCUGAUGUUGGGGUUUGAGGACCAAGUCUGAAAGCUUGUUUCAUUCUCCAUGACUAGUGUUGCCUCAUUCUCAUGGCCGCAUCCCCUGGAUACAUUUGAUGUACCCAGAACCGAAUGGCAAGCGGUAGUCUUGAGCUAAUAAAAGCCCCUGUGGAGCUUCGGGUGAACUCCCAGAUUGGGGCUGGGUGGAGGGUGUGACGCAGGCGUCCAGAAACCCUGUCGCGGCAAGCCCCGGGGGCGCUGCCGCCUCUGGUGCGGCCCCGCCCACCCCAGUGGGUCCUGCCCAGGGACGGCAGCUGUGCGGGAUGGCCAUUCGGGAUCUGACGACGUGCAGUUGAGACCCAGCUUCGCCCCUGUUCAUUUGGAUCAUCCCGAUUUUGCAUUUGUCUGGAGCACUUCAUAUUCCCUCCGCACACGUGCCAGACGUUCUUAACCACGGCUUUGUAGUUUCAAAAAGGGCAAACUAGGCAGGACAGAGAAGCAUGUAGAUGCGUACCAAUGCCUAUGAAGUUGCUUACAUGUAAAAGGAUGUAGCGAAAAUGGCUCCGUGAAUGUUUUUAAUAAUAUCCCGUGUACCAAACCACAUUUGUACCCUUGCCACGUUCCUGAAAGUCCCCAUUGAGUCCCAAUGUUAGUUCUUCUCUUUAGACGUCAUUGUUUUUAUUCGUGUAUCCUGGGCACCUUCUUUUCACCUGAUUACGAAAUCCAGCAUUUCAGGACUGGGCUUUUGCCAACAACAGAAAACAGGCGGGGGGUGGGGGGAGGCAAAAGUGGAUAUGAGCAUUUGUCCCCGCUUGCCACUAGUGCAGUGAGCAUCUGAAGAAUUCAAGCGUUUUAAAAUAAUGUGCUCUUUCUAAAUCCUAGAGGAUACCUUUUAUGCUAAACCAGUGGGCUGGAUUGAAUUUGCUGGAAGUAUCUGUGCCCUGUUGUCGCAAACCUCCUCAAACAGGAGAAGGGUGGGUGAAUGCCACUGUCUCGUGGAACAAGGGGAGGGGUCAGAAGUUGCCAGAAAUGUUUACUGUGCAACCAGGACGUGGACGUGCUGACAGCAUAACGGCAUCAACGCAAUCCCACUGUGUGCACAACACCCAGAACCGCACAGAUGUUUUCGUUGGUCUAAACUGGAAAUCCACGUGAAUCGCAGCCCCCUGGCUGACACGGACGUGUGUGUGCACCUCAUUUCCACGGUCUAGAGUCCCGCUGCCGAAGGACUGUGCUCUUCCUUAAAGUGCUCUGCCCCUGCAGAACCUGUAGCCUACGGGACACCCUGCGUGCCUUACACGGCUGUGCAUACCACCCUGGUUGUCAGGAAGGAGGGUGUGUGGGAGUGGGUUUGGAGGCACUGUGACGUCCGUCUACAUUUACCAUCACCCCAUCACUGAAACCUUAAGGUGGAUUGUGUGUUUUAACACAGAAAUGGAUUUAUAUUUAGGCUCAGGAAAAUCAAGUUGUAAAUAUAUGUAUCAAAUCAUAUAUUUGUUUACUGUAUUUUAAAAAGCUGUAUUGUGCAUUUAUGCAAAAAUGAGUUCGGACUUGUUUUAUCAUGGCAUUAUGCCAGCUAGUAUGUGUUCUCUUACUAACCACAUUCUAAACACGAUAUUCUGUUCAGUGCUAAACAGUAUUCACAGGCCUAAAAUAGGUGCCUAUGGUGGUCAAGUACAAAAUUUUACACUUAUUUUUGUAUUGUGAUUCCUAUGAUGUAUACCAGAGAAUUUUUACUCAUUUGUAAAUUAUUGUACAGUUUUAAUAAAAAAUGUUUUAAAUCUUAGAAUAUCAAAGUUACCCUCUUCCCACGGCAUUAAAGUUUGGGCAUAUUGGCAAUGCUAGCCA